GGGAUGGCGGGGGUUAGUGAUGCACGGGACGGGCUGGCAGCGCUGCCCUGAACCGCAUGCAACCCUCGCGGUAGGGCUUCUGAGCCCAAGGGAAGGAAGAGGAGGGCAGUGGACAUCUCCUGAUUGGCCGGCGCGCCGGGGACCCGAGUUAAAGUGCAGCAGCUCUAGGAAGAGGAGGCGGCGACAGCGGUUCUGCUCCCUGCUCCAGCAGCCAGAGCCGGGCACAACGCUUGCAAUCGGCACCCAGGAUGGGCAGCAGAGUCACUUUCUUUGAGGUGGAAAUCCUCGACUGGAAGACAAAGCAACCGCUGUGCUUUCUGGAUAAGGUGGAACGACAUGCCACGAUUGGUGAUAUCAGAUUGAUGUUCCAUAAAUCAUAUCCCCAGUGGUAUCCAGCAAGGCAGUCAAUAAGACUUGACCCCAAAGGAAAAUCCUUGAGAGAUGAGGAAAUCCUGCAGCAUCUCCCAGUUGGCACAACCGCUACACUAUAUUUUAAAGAUUUAGGGCCACAAAUAGGAUGGACUAUGGUGUUUUUGACAGAAUAUGCAGGUCCAUUGUUCAUCUAUUUUCUGUUUUAUUUUCGCAUGCCUUUUGUCUAUGGCCUGGAUGACAAGCUUACAUCAAACCCACAUCCAGUGGUUAACUUGGCAUGUAUCUGCCAUUCUUUCCACUACAUCAAAAGGUUGAUUGAAACAAUAUUUGUUCAUCGGUUCUCCCAUGGGACUAUGCCACUGAGGAGGAGUAUUAAGAACUGCUUUUAUUACUGGGGAUUUGCAGCUUGGCUUGCUUAUUACAUCAAUCAUCCUCUUUAUACACCUCCUUCCUACGGACAAAAACAGAUAAAUUUUGCUGUGAUCAUGUUUCUGAUAUGUGAAGCUGGAAAUUUCUCUAUCCACGUUGCACUCAGUGACCUGAGAAAAGAUGGAUCCAAGAUCCGUAAGAUCCCUUAUCCAACAAAGAAUCCUUUCACAUGGCUGUUUUUCUUUGUAACCUGUCCUAAUUAUACAUACGAGGUGGGGGCAUGGAUCAGCUUCACCAUCAUGACUCAAUGCGUCCCGGUGGGAUUGUUCACAUUUCUUUGCUUCAUUCAGAUGACAGUUUGGGCAAAGGAUAAACACUACACCUAUGUACGAGAAUUCAAGGAUUAUCCAAGUCUUAGGAUGCCAAUUAUUCCUUUCUUACUGUAAGAAGAAAGAACUGUUUGA